UCAGCACCGGAAAUGUCAAGGAAUAGUAGUAGUAAUUCUUUAGCUGGUGUACAAGAUAACGGUACCAACCUCGGUUCUUUAGCUGGUAGAAGAGCUAGUCAAACUAUCUUUUCAAUGGAAAGAAGGACUAGUCAAGGUGGUCCAAGGAGUAGAAGAGGUAGUGGAGCUGUUUUAACUCCUAGUGGAACAACGGUGGUUUAUCAUACUAGGACUAAUGCGGAUGUGGAAUUCCCUCACAUCGAGAAGAAAACUAUUGCAGAUCAGUUGAGGAAAUAUGAGAGUAUCCUGACUCUUUCACCCCAACGAAUGCGUAUGAUCGUACAUGCCAUCGAAGAGUCCCUCGACAAAGGUUUACAGAAAGAUGGUCAGAUUCUGAUACAUCCAGUCCCGACCUUUGUCUUUGGAUGGCCCAGCGGAGAAGAAAUGGGCGAAUAUCUAGCUCUAGACCUCGGAGGUACCAAUCUACGUGUAUGUCUCGUCACUCUACAAGGCCUCGGAAAGUUCGAAGUCACUCAGACGAAAUAUCGUUUGACCGAAGAACAGAAACAAGAAGAUGGUCAGAAACUAUUGGACUUUUGUGCGGAAUGUUUAGACAGUUUUAUCCGUGAAACUCUUGGACGAACUGAAGAGGAUCCUAUCUUGCCCUUGGGUUUCACGUUUUCUUACCCUUGCUCGCAGUUGCGUAUUGAUCAUGGAGUGCUUAUCCGUUGGACCAAAGGUUUCGGCGCUCCGAAUAUCGAAGGACGUGAUGUAGCAGAAAUGUUCAAGGAUUCUUUGAAACGAUUUAACGUACAAGCGGAGCUUCUCGCUUUGAUCAAUGACACCACGGGUACUUUGAUCGCUUCCAACUAUGUCGAUCCCAACACCAAAAUCGCCGUCAUAUUCGGUACUGGAUGUAAUGCCGCAUAUAUGGAGACGGCGGAGAUGAUUCCCAAAAUGUCAUCUGUCGGCUUGCCUCAUGGACAAGGUAUGGCGAUUAACUGCGAAUGGGGAGCGUUCGACUCGUUCGACCAUCAACAUCUACCUCGAACAAAAUACGACAUCAUCAUUGAUGAAUCGUCUAACAAACCGGGCGAACAAUCUUUCGAAAAGAUGAUAGCUGGACUUUACCUCGGAGAAGUAUUCAGGUUGAUCUUAUGUGAACUGAUCGAUGCGGGGGAUUUGUUCUUGGGUCAGAAUACGUACAAGUUGGAGAAAGCUUAUGCUUUUGAUACUGCUUUCUUGAGUUUGAUGGAGAGCGACCCGACUGACGAACUUCUCACUAUCAUCGGCGUUUUCACCCAUUUCUUCGGACUGGAGACGACUAUCGAAGAACGACAAUUCUUCAAAAGACUCGCUAUGCUCAUUGGGACCCGUGCGGCUAGACUUUCAGCCUGUGGGAUCGCAGCGAUAGUCAGUAAGAAGGGGUAUUUGGAGAAAGGGUGUAGUGUGGGAGCGGAUGGGUCUUUGUACAAUAAAUACCCUCACUUCGCCGAUCGGGUCCAUUCCGCCUUGGUGGACAUUUUUGGAGAGAAGGGAAGGAGGAUCACCACUCAUCAUGCUGAAGAUGGAUCAGGUGUGGGUAGCGCCAUCAUCGCCGCAAUGACCAAGGCGAGGAAAGACGAAGGAUUCUUUGUCAAUUAUUAAGUACGUAUACACACCACAAGGGAUAGAAUCAACAGGACAGAUGUAUGGAAUGUUUGUCAUCGCUCUUGCGCUUCCUCGUCGAGGCGUUCCGACUGGCAGGCUCGUAUCCGUAUCCCUUGGCCCCACUGGUCGUCAGAUGUAGAGGGGUAAGGUGAGAGAUGAAUCGCAUGACUACCG